GCGGAAGGAGCUCGCUCCGCGACCGUGGGGUGGAGGAGCGUAGAACUUCUCUGGACCUCGGGCCGCGGAGACUAGGGGCUGCAGAGCGGUGGGUGCUUCCCGAGGGCCUCGGGAGGGCGGCCUGGACCCCUGCGGGCCUGCAAAAGCCGUUCCUCGCCUUGGCCACGCACCUCCCUUUCCUGCCCAGACCGAGACGAGCGGCGGCACCAUGUCGGCCUACCCCAAAAGCUACAAUCCAUUCGACGACGACGCAGAGGAUGAGGGCUCCCGGCCUUCCCCGUGGAAGGACGACCAUGACCUCCCCGAUGGACUCGGCGCGCCCACGGACAGGCAGCAGUACCUGCGGCAGGAGGUGAUGCGCAGGGCCGAAGCCACGGCCGCCAGCACCAACAGGUCCCUGUCCCUCAUGUACGAGUCCGAGAGGAUAGGCGUCGCCUCUUCCGAGGAGCUCGUCCGUCAGCGAGGCGUCUUAGAACGCACAGAGAAGAUGGUGGACAAGAUGGAUCAAGAUUUGAAGACCAGCCAGAAGCACAUUAACAGCAUUAAGAGCAUGUUUGGGGGGCUUGUCAAUUACUUCAAAUCCAAACCAACAGAGACACCACCAGAGCAGAAUGGACCCCUCACCCCCCAGGCCAGUAGCAGAUUGAAAGAAGCCAUAAGUACCAGUAAGGAACAGGAGGCACAGUACCAGGCCAGCCACCCAAACCUCAGGAAGCUGAAUGAUUCAGACUCCAUCCCUGGAGGGGCUGGUCCUGCUGCGAGUACUGAGGCUUACCCAAAGAACCCACACCUUCGAGCCUAUCACCAGAAGAUAGACAGUAAUCUAGAUGAGCUGUCCAUGGGACUAGGCCGGCUGAAGGACAUAGCCCUGGGGAUGCAGACGGAAAUUGAGGAGCAAGAUGACAUUCUUGACCGCCUCACAACCAAAGUGGACAAAUUAGAUGUCAAUAUAAAAAGCACAGAAAGAAAAGUUAGGCAACUUUAAAGACAGAGAAGGAGUUCCACUCCAUUGUGACGAAAAGAGCCGAAAGAUCUUUUAAACUCCCCAAAAUUUCAUUUAUGUUGUUUUAGUACGUAAUGUACCAUGUGUUUGCAAAUGUUAUAAUUAUAGAGUGGGUCCUAGGAGAUGUUGUUA